AACAGCCAAUCCGGGAUGUGGGGCGGGGCUAUGGGAUGGAGUAGGGGCGGAGACUAAUCCAACCGAACCUGCCGGGUCUGAAGAUUGCCGGAGUCCAGAGCGGGCCGAACUGUGGCUUAGGUCAGCCCUGUCACCACCACAACUCCGGGGCUCUGCUCGGAGUCGCUCUCCCUGGGCCUCUCACCUGGAGCCAGGACCUACCCAGGACCAGGGCCCCACCCAGCACAGUUCCAUCCGGAACUCUCUUCCCAGCUUAUAUCAAAGAAUGGAUGAUCUGGGGACGGAUUUCAAUCUGAAAGUUGUCCUGGUCAGCUUCAAGCAGUGUCUCAAUGAGAAGGAAGAGGUGCUGUUGGACCACUACAUUGCCAGCUGGAAGGGUCUGGUCAGGUUUCUGAACAGCCUGGGCACCAUCUUCUCGUUCAUCUCCAAGGAUGUGGUUUCAAAGCUUCAGAUCAUGGAGCGUCUGCGAAGCAGCCCUCAGGGUGAACACUACAACAGUCUGCAAUCCAUGGUGGCCUACGAGGUGGGGAACCAGCUGGUGGAUAUGGGGCGCCGCUCCCAAUACAGUGACUCAGGCUGCCGGACAGUGCUGCGCUUGCACCGUGCCCUGCGCUGGCUGCAACUGUUCCUGGAGAGCCUGCGCACAAGCCCUGAGGAUGCACGCACUUCAGUGCUCUGCACUGACUCUUACAAUGCCUCACUGGCCACCUACCACCCCUGGAUCGUACGCCGGGCUGUCACUGUGGCCUUCUGUGCCCUGCCCUCACGCAAGGUCUUCCUCGAGGCCAUGAAAGUGGGGACCCCUGAGCAGGCCGUGGAGAUGCUGGGUGAAGCCCUGCCCUUCAUAGAACACGUGUAUGAUAUCUCCCAAAAGCUCUAUGCUGAGCAUUCCCUGUUGGACCUGCCCUAGUAGCUGUGGGUUCAGGGAGCCCGGGGCCCAUCAAUUCCAUAACAGAGCUUUGUGGGUGCCCCAAGAACCAGAGAUUCAUCAUCAUCCCUGUGAACUGAGUUUGUUGGGAACCACAGGCUGUGACAGACGGCAGUGGCCAGCCCAGGAGAAGCAGGCACUAGCCGUCUGCUCAUGCUAGUCCUCUCAGUCCAGGAUGAGAUGCCUCUUAGCCACAGCUUUACCCUCAGCCUCAACUGCACGUGUUUAAGUCAGACCUCACCAAAGCAUGGAAAGUGGAGAAGAUGGGGAAUAGGACUGAUGUGUAUACACAGCUUGACAGGUUGCCUCCACCCACCCGUGAACUGAAUCUGAACAACGGGGUGAGUUCACAGGUCCCUGGGCUGAAGAGACUGUAUACUCCUUAACAUCCAGUUUGCCCAGCCGGUGCUUGUCUUUCCCACGCUCAUCUCAGGCCCAGGCUCAGGUCACAGCAGGGAUGCGGUGCCUCGGUCUCCUUCAUACCCUACUAGAUACCAGGGCAGAGAGAGAAGCCUUGACCAGUAGUCUGGGCAUUACAGGCUCUUUCACCUCCCCUCACCACCUAAUUAGCCACUCAUCCUUGACAGCUGAAGCCCUGAGUCAAGGCUUUCUCCAAAAUGCCCCAAAAAGACCUGCCUUGCUGUUAGGAGAGCCUCCUCCAUAGUCCCUACAUGUCAUCGGCUCCCUUAUGGACAGAGUAUGCUGCCUCUCACAGGGGUGAUAUCACCCAGGCACCCCCUAAGUAUUUCCCAGUGGGUUUGCACAGCGACUUCACUGGGCCAAGCCAGCCCUUUCCUUCCUAGCACCCAGCAAGUUGCUGCAUUACUUCUCCCUGUCCCUGGCUUCCCCUAUGCCCAUGAUACACUCAGGAGAUCCAGGGUAGACGUGGCAUUGGCAGGGUGCGGGACCCCACCGCCUAGCUGACAGGCCCUCAGAUGACUGUGCCCACUGGAUCAUCCAGUGGAGAGGGGCCUGGCCUCUCCCACUGGCUCUUCACAACAGGACCUUGAGAUGCCAGGAGGGCAGCAUGCACAGGGUGGCAAAUUUGGAAGCUUUGGGGGAUAUAGUUAGACACUAAAAUGUGACGUUUUUCUGAUGUAAAUAAAUCACACUUGUGGGA